UGCAGUGGCGGCGGCGGUGGCGUUCUAUUUGUCAGACCGCGUGCGACCGGGGCGGAGCGUGUUGUGGGGAGAACGUUUAUAAAACGCGUUACCGGUCCCUUCCGGCCGAUCAGUAGCUCUCGGCUAACCACAUCGCGCACACGCACAAACGUAAUCCGUCGCACAAUUGAAACAAUACUUCGUCGACGCACACGAUAUCUUGGAAGACGCAAUUUGAUUAGUUUUCGACCGUCGCUUUACGUUAUACCUAUACUCGAGUGCAGUACCGUUUUACAGUGCGCGUGUUUAAUCGAACGCAGCAAAGUGCAAAACCACUUCAUAUUAUAAUAUUGCUAAGAGAUUUUUGAAAAAUAAUAAUCGCUUUUUUUGUUCGCGAUCUUUUUGACUGACGCGGCGGAUAACACAUAACGAUAUUAUAAUGGCGUCGGUACUGAACAUGAACUACGGCGCGUACUUCGGUGGCGACCGGUACGACGUCGAGCAGUACGACUUGUCGGCCAGCGACACGCUUCGCGCCGUCUACGAGGCGGCUUUCUCCAACGGCGGCGCACCGUCAUCGUCGGCUGUCGCAGCGGUGGCCAACGCGACAUCGGCUCAGGGUGUCGGCGUCGACGUUUCGGCGUCAAUGAUCGACGUUUCGGCGUCAAUGAUCGGCGUUUCGGCGUCGAUGAUCGGCGGCUGCGGCGGCAUGAGAGGCGGUUCGCCGGCCGGUUCCGCGUGCACAGUCGUCACCACGUCCACGGCGACGGCCUCGUCGUCGUCCUGUGCCGGCGACGAUCCGAAAUCACCGUACGGCGGCUGCGGCGUCGGCGAGACGGCCCUCGACUUUGGCGCCUACGACGACGGACUGGGCGACGACCUCGCGGGCGGCGAAGGCGGUUGCACGGACAAGGUGACGAAGAAACGCCGCUUAGCGGCCAACGCCCGGGAACGGCGGCGCAUGCAGAACCUGAACAAGGCGUUCGACCGGCUCCGCACCGUGCUGCCCACGCUCGGCAACGACCGGCAGCUGUCCAAGUACGAGACCCUUCAGAUGGCCCAGACCUACAUAACGGCCCUGUACGAUCUGCUCCAGUGAUCGGUCAUUUCGAGGCUCUCGACUUCGGGUCCUGCUGUCCAACAAAUAAAUAUGCUCCACGAAUUAUACGGUAUACGUGGGUACCUACCUACCUACCUACCUCUGAUAAUAAUAAUAUUUUGUAGGCACGUGGCGAACUUCAAGUAAUAAUAUUAUAUAGGUAUUACCGCUGCCUUACAACAUAAUAUUAUUAUUAUUUAUAUCGGAUAUUAUUAUAGUAAUAAUCUAUAAUAUUAUGUUUAAAUAACAAAAUAAUUAUAUAAUAUUGUGUAUUGUCCGGUUCCUCGUCGUCAGGACGCGUAUUUUAUUAUUAUUAUAUUUACAUAGACUAUAGACUCACCAUCGAUUUAGGAAAUUCGACUCAUCCCUCUUUGAACGGAUUAUAAUAUGGUAUUUUACUCGUAUAAUAUUAUUAUAUUAUAGAUAAAGAUGCAGCGUGGUCGAUUUUAUGUAUUCUUACCAUCUAAUAGUCAGUGGCGGUUUUACGGGGUGUCAAAAUAAUGUAUGUUUAUUGACAGUCGAUACUUACUUUUUUUAUUAUAAAAUAAUAUAAUGACUUUGAAGUACACAAUAUUAUUUUUAACCACCCCCAACCACAAAAGAUCAUUUUUGAAAAUCUGCCACUGACUCCAUAAUAUAUCGCGACCUCUAUAUUAUGUCACACGAGUAUAAUAUUAUAAUAAUAUGUUAUCAUUAUUUUUACUAUUAUUUUAUUGUUGUAUAUCACCCUAGUCCGAUGUUUAUUAUUGUCUUUUGUAUAUUAUCAAAUCGUAUAGUAUGUAAGCGUUAUUUUUAUGACGAUAUAUUUUGGUAUACGCAUCGUGUCGCCUGGCGUGUAAAUAAUUAAUAUCAUUAUCGCGACCGUAAAAUAUGACGUAGAAAAGCAUCUUCGUCUACUGAUGGGGGGACCAUCGUUCCUCCGAAGUAGAUUGAAAAAUUGUCAUUCAUCGGGUGCUCGAUCAUAUUUUCAUAUAAUAUCUUUCCGUCCUCUAAUAUAUUAUAUAUUAUUAUUAUAUACAUGUUAAGCCAAUUCGCCAAAAACUGUGAUAAUUUUUGUAUACUCAAACGUAUAUUGUAUUUAUAUUAGACGUUAAGUAAUAUUAUAUUUUGUAAAUUAUGUUUUUUAAAUAUUUUUUUUAUUAUUAUAUUAUUACUGUGUAUAUACAUAAAUAUAUUAUUAUUAUUAUUAUUAUUAUAUAUAAAGUGCUCAACAAUAAACGAAAAAAAAUUGUCUAU